GAGCGCGCUGCUGCCCGGAGGCUCCUGCGCCCUAGCCCGGCGGCCUGCUAGCCCGGCACCGGAAGUGAGCUGUUCCGAGGCGCCGCCGGGGCUUGCCACGUCCGAGGCCUGGAGCUGCCGCCGCUGCCGCCGCCGCCGCCGCCGCAACCAUGGUGUCAGUGAUUAACACCGUGGAUACUUCCCAUGAGGACAUGAUUCAUGACGCCCAGAUGGACUACUACGGCACCCGCCUGGCAACCUGCUCAUCAGACAGGUCCGUGAAGAUCUUCGACGUGCGCAACGGAGGGCAGAUCCUCAUCGCCGACCUCAGGGGUCAUGAGGGUCCUGUGUGGCAAGUGGCCUGGGCCCAUCCCAUGUAUGGCAAUGUCCUGGCAUCGUGCUCCUACGACCGGAAAGUCAUUAUCUGGAAAGAGGAAAAUGGCACCUGGGAGAAGACGCAUGAGCACACGGGACACGACUCCUCAGUAAACUCUGUGUGCUGGGCCCCCCAUGACUACGGCCUGAUCCUGGCUUGUGGGAGCUCGGAUGGGGCCAUCUCUCUGCUGACUUACACUGGGCUGGGCCAGUGGGAAGUGAAGAAGAUCAACAAUGCUCACACUAUUGGCUGCAAUGCCGUCAGCUGGGCCCCUGCUGUCGUACCUGGAAGCCUCAUAGACCAGCCAUCUGGGCAGAAGCCCAACUACAUCAAGAAGUUUGCAUCAGGCGGCUGUGACAACCUCAUCAAACUGUGGAAGGAGGAAGAGGACGGCCAGUGGAAGGAAGAGCAGAAGUUGGAAGCACACAGUGACUGGGUUCGAGAUGUGGCCUGGGCCCCCUCCAUCGGCCUGCCCACCAGCACGAUCGCCAGCUGCUCCCAGGAUGGUCGAGUGUUCAUUUGGACCUGUGAUGAUGCCUCGGGCAAUGCGUGGUCCCCCAAACUGCUGCACAAGUUCAAUGAUGUUGUAUGGCAUGUGAGCUGGUCCAUCACAGCCAACAUCCUGGCUGUCUCAGGCGGAGAUAAUAAGGGUUUCAUCUUCAAGAAAUUCAUGGAAAAGACUCUGACAAGUACAGGUUUCUGGUAACUGACUGUACUGCUGAACUGAAGGAAUAAGCAUUUUCAGAACUCUAAUGAAAAACUGAUGAACUUAUAAAAGUGCUAACAAAAGAUCAAGAUGAAAAAAAAAUUAAUUACAUGGGACUGAGUGAACUGAUGAGGAUGAGUAUAAUUUUUGUGACUUUGUUUGAAUUAAAAAAAAAAAUCCCACAAGGACUCAGAGGCAAAGAAUAUACAAAUCAAUUUUCACUGCAAAGUAAAGGAGCUGUUACAGUGGAGGAUUACUGGACUGAAUGUCAAUAUUAUGACACAGUAUGAGUGUGUUUCAUGUUUGGUAAUUGCAAUCAUUGUUGCUUUUGUUGUGGUCAUCCAUGUACAAUGCUUGGUGUCAGUCUAUUUAUCUCUUGUAAAAAUAAAAUACAGUGUGUGUGUGUGAAUGAAUAAAUUAAAUAAAUAAAUAAACAAACAAACUCAAAAUGGAUUACAGACCUAAAUGUAAGACCGGACACUAUAAAACUCUUAGAGGAAAACAAAGGAAGAACACUCUUUGACAUAAAUCACAGCAAGAUCUUUUUGGAUCCACCUCCUAGAGUAAUGGAAAUAAAAACAAAAAUAAACAAAUGGGACCUAAUGAAACUUAAAAGCUUUUGCAAAGCAAAGGAAACUACAAACAACACCAAAAGACAACCCUCAGAAUGGGAGAAAAUAUUUGCAAACGAACCAACAGACAAAGGAUUAAUCUCCAAAAUGUAUAAACAGCUCAUGCAGCUCAAUAUUAAAAAAAGAAACAACCCAAUCCAAAAAAUGGGCAGAAGACCUAAAUAGACAUUUCUUCAAAAAGACAUACAGAUGGCCAAGAAGCACAUGAAAAGAUGCUCAACAUCACUAAUUAUUAGAGAAAUGCUAAUCAAAACUACAAUGAGGUUAUCACCUCACACCAGUUAGAAUGGGCAUCAUCAGACAAUCUACAAACAAUAAAUGCUGGACAGGAUGUGGACAAAAGGGAACCCUCUUGCACUGUGGGUGGACAUGGAAAUUGAUACAGCCACUAUGGAGAACAGUAUGGAGGGUCCUUAUAAAACUAAAAAUAGAAUUACUGCAUGACCCAGCAAUCCCACUCCUGGGCAUAUAACCAGAGAAAACCGUAAUUCAAAACAACACACGCACCCCAAUGUUCAUUGCAGCACUAUUUACAAUAGCCAGGACAUGGAAGCAACCUAAAUGCCCAUCCACAGAUGAAUGGAUAAAGAAGAUGUGGUGCGUAUGUAUAUACAAUGGAAUAUUACUCAGCCAUAAAAAGGAAUGAAAUUGGGUCAUUUGUAGAGACGUGGAUGGAUCUAGAGACUGUCCUUAUCUUGAACAUUAGUAAGUAGGAAAAAAAUCAUGUAUUUUUCUUGCCUUUCCUGUACAAACUGUAUAUCAACGUGAUAAAAUAAUUGCUGAAGGAAAAAAUGCUAAUAAAUGUAGAAACAAACAACAGAAAAAGAAUCAGGUUUAGGUAAGGGGGUUGUUGUAGACUAAGAGAGUGUGUUUUAUCUGUUAAAGAUACACACUGAAGAUUUUAAGGCUGAAAUUACAUGAUUGCUGAGAUUUGCUUUUAGAAUAUUCCCCCCAAAGGAAAAACAGUAUGGGGAUAAAUACACAAAGCAAGAUGCUAAUAAAUGUUGAAACUGAUGAUGAAUGCUUGUGGAGACUCAUUGUAUUACUCUCUCUGCUUUCUUUGUAACUUUGAAAUUUUCCAGAAUAAGAAGUUCAAAUAUACAUGGAGAGAGAGUUUAUCUUACAUACGGCCAAAUUUUCUGCUGGAAACAUUAUUUUAUAAUCAGAAAGGAAGUGCCUGAGAUACUUCUUAAAAUACAGAAUCUCAGGCCCCACUGCAGACUUACUGGAUCAGAAUCCAAAGAUAAGGCAUAAAAAAGUCUGCUUUCUUACUGCUUCCCCUGUGAAUCCACUGCAGCCCAGCACAAGUCUGCACCCUGCGGUUGAGAUUAGAUGACCCUACAGGCCUCACCCUGAGAUCCUAGGGCUCUUAGCCAUCCCUAGACUGCGCUACCUGUAGCUCUGAGAACAGUUUCAGCACAGUGGUUGGCAGGGGGUGCGGGGAGUCAAGCUACAGAGUUUGGAGGGACCAGUACCCAUAAGGAACAGGAUACAGGGACAGGAAAUUCUGCCUGGACACGGUAGCAUGAGGGCAAGAAGGCAUCAAUAGACCUUUCCAGGAUUAGAGAGACCUGGGCAUAUUUUAACGCUGAGGGCAAAAGCUGUUGGAGAGAAAGACUUAAGAUAGGAGACCAAUACUGGGGGCUCCAGCCCCACGAUGGCAGGAGAACAGGGAAGCCCCAGUGGGAGAGGCUGGGUUUGGAGCAGGAGGGAUGAGACAGCCCUGGGCUAAGGAUGUGGAAGUUGUAAGAGUGACACCCAUGAUGAUCUAGAACUCGUCCAGUGCAGUAGCCGUGAGCCACAAGUAGCUGCUGAGCACUGGAAAUGUGGCUGGUCUGAACUGAAAUGUGCUGUGAAAAUAUAAUACACAAUGGAUUUUGAAAAUUUAGUAAAAAGAAAACCAGUGCAAAAUACCUAAUUAACAUUGAUUACAUGUCAAAUUGAUAGUAUUUUGGAUAUAUUACAGUAUAUUAUUAAAAUUGAUUGUAUCUGUU